AUGGAUAUUGGAGGUUUGGAGGUUGGAGGGCGAAAUUUUUCCAUGGAUAUCGGAGGGUGGAGGGUGGAGGGCGAGAAUUUGAGAUGGAUAUUGGAGGGUGGAGGGCGAGAAUUUGAGAUGGAUAUUGGAGGGUGGAGGGUGGAGGGCGAGAAUUUGGCAUGGAUAUUGGAGGGUGGAGGUUGGAGGGCGAGAUUUUGGGAUGGAUAUUGGAGAAAUUUACAAAACCUCGUUGCAAUUGGAGCAGUAGAGAUUUUUACUGCAAUUGGAAUUGUAGCGACAAACAUUACUUUGCUUAGUGUCGGAGGAGAAGAAAUCUCCUGGAUAAAUGCUGGGGUCAGUUUCUUCAUCAUAUGUCAAACAUUUUUAUUAAGUUUUGGACUAAUCCUCCUUGUAACUGGAUUAACGAAGACUAGACUGAACCCUGGAAUUUUCGUGGUUUGGUUUACCAUGAAACUUUUGACAAUCUUUGUCGCCGCGGGUUUAAUUGGGACAUUUGCAUUUAUUAGUCUUGGGAUGGAGUCUGAGAACAAAUUAGUGAUUGGAAAUAGCAUUGCGUUGACGGAAAGCUGUAUCGUUUUAAUUGGCGUGGUUGGGAUUAUGCGGGGUGCAAGAAAUGAUGGAAUUUAAUAUUGUAUGUA